AUGGGUCCACCGCCAUGCCCACCUCCUCCAAUGUGUGCCCCACCUCCUUUACCUUGUCCACCUCCACCAAUUUGUCCUCCUCAAUUCUGUCCCCCACCUCCCCUUUGUCCACCUCCUCCACCACCACCUCCACCACCAAUGUGUCCCCCACCUCCGCCACCUCCAAUGUCACCUUGUCAAUCGUAUGCUCCAGCUCCGGUUUUCGCUCAAUAUGCUAUGCAACCAGCCAAUGAUUGUUGUUGUCGAUGUGGAACACCGUGUAGAUAUCGAGCCAGACAUCGUACACAUGGAUCCAAGGUUUGUGUGUUUUGUUGGCCAACAAAAAUCGAGAAAUGAAAAUUCCACGUGGAAAAUCUGAGUCCACGUGAGACCAUUAUCAAAAAUUUGCUAAUUGCCACGUGGCUUUUAAAAAUUUAAAUUUUUUUUUUCUUAGGCUUAUUCAGGGUCCAAAAUUCCAAAAUUUUGAGCUUCUACUUUAGAAUCCACGUGGAAAACCAUCCAAGUUUUUCUAAAAAUUCUGCUUUACAGAAUCCACGUGGUAAAAUCUUCAAAAAACAUUUGUGUUUUGUUGCCACGUGGAUUCCAAACUCAAGUUUUUCUGAAAAGGAUAGAAUUUCAAAAAUCAAAAUUUUCCAGCUUUUCCACGCCGAAUCCAUGGAACAAGAAGAUCCAACUUGCAACAGCAAAAAAUUGAAGAGAGUUAUGGAACGUGUAAGUUUUUAAUUGUUUUUUAGCCUAAUUAAUUAAUUAAUUCUUAUUAAUUUGCAGAACAUGAAUCACGAUCCAACAAUUUCCAAGCGAGCAAUUCAAACCGCCGCCGAAGAAAAGCUCUUCGGAAAAUUCAAUGUUAUUUGUGCAAAAGGCGAUUUCUCAUAUGUCGCUUAUACCGAAACUUAUUGCCAAGUUGCUAAUGAUGACGUCACAUGUUACGCUUUCAGACCAAUGUAA